AUGGGGGCUGACCAAAGCAAGUUUGAUUAUAAUUAUGGUCAAAUUAUUCAAAAAGAUACUAUCUGCCAAAAAAUACUACAAUAUGACAUUACUGCUAAAGAUGUCUUUUUGCAAUCUUUAAAAUAAAUUCCUAUUUUAAAAUCCUAUGAGGAAAUUGAUAAAAUCACUUUUUGUGGAUCUUCAAAUGAAAUCAAAGCAUUAUUCUCUUAUAAUUAAAUUACACUCCAUCAAUUUAUUUUGGCUCAAGAAUUCACUCUAAAAGAAACUUAAAUUAUUUCUGUUAUCAAAUCAAUACUUUCAAACAUGAAUCAAAAUAAAGUACAAAUGCAUCCUAAAGAAAUUUUAUUACCAGAAUAUAUUAUGUUAGACCCAGAAUUAUUUCUUUUAAAAAGUGAUAUUCAAAGAAUAAGAUAAGGUUAUAUUAAACAUUAAGAUUAUUAUAUGGCACCUGAAGUUCUAACAGCAAAAUGCAAAUCCAAUAUUGCAGCAUAAAUUUUUAGUUUAGGAUUGGUUUGUAUAUUUAUUAUGACUAAACUAACACCUUUUGAUUUCAAUCUUUAUGAUACUACUCAUUUUCAACCGCUUAAUCUUCAAAAAUAUUUAGAAAAAAUUAACUCUGGAAUCUAUUCAUGUAAAAUUAUAAUUAUUUUAGAACUGUUUAAAAAUUUAGUAAUUGAUAUGACCAAUGUUGAUCCAAAAUUAAGAAUCAAUGAAGAAUAAAUUAUAUGUAGAUUAGAUGAGGUACUUAUGUUUCAUUCAUAAAAAACACUAAAGUUUUAAGAAACCGCUAUUUUUUAACCUGAAAUUUCAUCAAAGUUAAAAUUAGACUUAAAUGAAGAAUUGAAACAAUCAGAAUUAAGUUAUAAUUACAAAGAGAGACCAUCUGAAUAUUAAUAAUAUGAUAAAGAAAAGAAAUAUAGCAAAAAUAGAGCAAAUAAUUCACCAUAAACUAAACAUAAAAGCAAAGAAAAAGAAAAUAUUGAAGUAGAAUUUAUAACAAAAAAAUAAUAAAGAAUAAAUAAUUAUAGUUUUAGUGCAUGUUCUAGUAGAUCUCAUAUCAGAGGAAUGUCAAUUAAACCAGCAAAGAAACAUUAAUAUUAAGAAAAACAUUCAUCAAAUAAAUAAAGAUGGAAAUGA